AAUUAGCCCAACACCGUCAAUAAAAGAUCUAGCAUAAGGGAGAUAAAUCGGCAAAUGUCCACUCGGUCAAGAUGUCGUACAUGACAACUCGAGCAAUAAACCAUGGGCAGUUAGUGAAAACGCUUUACAAACAGGCUUUAAGAGCACAUGAAACUACAACAAACUACAGACUGGAUUAUAGAUUCGGUGCAGUGAGGAUAAGAGCGAUGUUUGAGAAAUACAGAAAUGAACGAGACAUGGACAAAGUUAAUCAGCUGAUGGCAUACACUGAAAAAAUGAUAUUUUUGACAAUACCGAAAACUAAGCAAUUUGAACAUUGUCCAAGAGGUAUUGCCCAUGGAAGAUAUGACGUUAGCCCAGAUAUGGUAUUUGAUGCAUAUCAUCCAUUGGAAAAGGCUGCUUACCCAAAGUACUUUGCCAAGCGAGAGUUAGCCAAACGUGACCAUAUUUUGUGGUGGGAGAAAACCUAUGGCAAUACUGAGGCCAAAUCAAAUUAAUGAUUGGUUUUUGAGUAUCAGUUUGAUAGUAGAUCUAAGAAUUCAUAAAGUGAGUGUGAACUGGAGACGCAUAUAUUUUUAAGUAAGAUUGAAAGCAAAGCUUGCAGAGGCUUUGGAAAUGGAAAGAUAAAUUUAUCCGCACCAGAUCCGGUAAACAAAUAUGUUGUAUCAACAAGAUAAAUAAUUUAAUUCAUGUUUAGUGUUUACAUUGAUAUUGUCACCUGGUGUUUGCAAUUGUGCUUUCAAAUAAACAAUUGAGAACAAUGAAA